UUGUUUUCGUUCUUCUCGGGAGUAUUCGGCUGCAGAUCCUUCUCUUUCUUCCAGGAUUUGAACCACGUGUUCGGACUUCUUUCCGACCUCAAAAGCAAAUAAACGUUUGCGGAAGGUAUAAAGGAGCCUCCCUCCCCCUGGUCCCAAGGCCAUGCAGCAAGGUGUCUAACAUUGUAAAGCGCCGCCCAUGUGAGAAGAGAAUCCUAGAAGAAACGAGGAGACACUUCAGAGGUGCGAAGAGUUUCCCACGGAGCCAUGGCCUCCACCAGAGAGGAGGUCGAGGAUGAAAGACUGCAACACCUUAAACAAGAGGACUGUGAAUGGGGCACACCGGAGGAUGUGUGUGUGAAACGGGAGGAUUGCGAAGGACAAAUUUCAGAUUUUAAAGAGGAAGAGUCCAAGGGGGAGUGCGUUGAGAUGAAAGUCGAGGAGUUAGAAGGCUUGUCCCUUGGUCUAGAACAGCAAAAGCACGAAAGGGGGAACAUUUUCAAGUUAGAUAUUUGCAAAGAAUCUCAUUCCGGUUUACAGCCCUGGUCCAGUAAUUCAGGACAACUGGCUCACCAGCAGAACCCUAUGGAGCUGAAAUCUGAGAUUUCGGAGUCUGAAGAGAAACUGAUUAAAGGAAACCGGAGAGAAGAAGAAGAAGAAGAGCAAAAGUCAUCGGAGAGUGUUGGAAUAAAUUUCCAGGAGAAUGGCAGCCUCUCCCCAACUUCAUUUCCUGAGACAUCUCUUCAGUGCAGACUGAAGAACAAACAGGACAAGGGGAAGAUGAAGAAAUCAACAAGAGGAUCGGAGCGUUUGAUAGCAGCCUCUUUCCAGUAUAGUUCUCUUACUGGUGAAACACUAACAAAAACAGAAGCCAUCCACCCUGAUGAACAAACAGUGCAUAAUACUGAUCUAGAGGCCCUGUAUGCCAGUGGAAAAUGUGGAAAAACAUCUAAGAACAAACCGGACUGUAAAGAUAAGUCAGUUCAUACAAGUCAGAAGCCAUAUGCUUGUUCUGAAUGUGGCAAAUUAUUUCUGCAUAUAAACAGCCUAUACAGGCAUAAAAGAAUUCACAAUGAGGAAACCCCCCCUUGCUGUCCAGAGUGUGGCAAGAAAUUCCGCCGUAACAAUGCUCUUCAGUGGCACUUAUGUCUUCACAGUGGAGAGAAGCCAUAUAGCUGUGUCGAAUGUGGUAAAAGGUUUUCUCAUAAAAGGAGUCUUCAAAAUCAUACAAAAAUUCACACUGGAGACAAGCCUUACUGCUGUUCUGAAUGCGGCAAAGGAUUCUCACUUUUAGGUAACUUUCAUAACCACUUAAGAAUUCACAGUGGAGAGAAGCCUUAUUGUUGUAGUGAAUGUGGCAAACGAUUCACACAAAGAAGCACCCUACGGAGGCACAUCAGAAUUCACACUGGAGAGAAACCUCACUGUUGUUCAGAAUGUGGCAAACGAUUCUCACAAAUAAGCAGUCUUCAGAGGCACAGACGAAUUCACACCGGAGAGAAGCCGUAUAGCUGUACGGAAUGUGGCAAACAAUUCUCUAACAGUAGCCAUCUUCAGAGGCACACACAAAUUCACACUGGAGAAAAGCCAUAAAACUGUUUGGGAUGUAGCAAAGGAUUCUCUCACCAUGGCUGUUUUCAGGAGCACACACAAAUGUUUGUAGAGGAGAGAAGCUGAAUAUGGUAAAUGAUUUUCCACUUGGAAUUAGCUGGCAACUAUAGACCUCACAUAAACCUGUACAUUGUGGAGUCAACUCACCGCAGCAAACGCCUGACUUUUGCACAGACCUUUUGAAUUAAUUCUCCGAUUACCAGAUGCAUUUCCAUUUUGUGUUAUUAUAGACCAGUAACGGCGUACUGCAUGAUAAUGUGCAGUGAAUCCACUUGACUUGAGCAUUCCUAGUUUUCAUCCUCUUUCUCUGAACGUUUAUCAUUCAUUUGCUCAGAGGUUGAUACGCUUGCUCCUUCCUGAGCAGCUCUUCUUUUUUCCACCCUAGCGGCCCGCUUCUCUUCUUUCGUCGGCAUCUUUUUGCGUUAAAACUAAUUAAGUCCGUAUUUGUGUUGCAAUUACUUAGUACGUUUUCCUUAAUAUUUUUCACUUAAGCUGGCACUUAAAUCUUCAAUCUGCCUCAGGAAUAAUUUAAGAUAUGAAGAGAUAGAGGAAGUGAUGGUGAAGGUGGGAAGGAUGAGAACGGCGCCCUUACACAUACGCUGCACGGCUGCUGCCGAGAAUUGAUUCUACUAUAAAAUAAAAAGAAUAAGCGGAACAACCUUGGAGCUCAAUCAUCACCCCUAAAGCAGAUAGUAGAGGUCACGUAGUAUAUGUGUACUAAAUUUCAGGUGAACAGUUCAAACAGUUUGCGAGCUACAGAUGAUUUAAAAUCCUGGACAGACAAAUGGAGAGCCACGGUAGUGUAUUAUAUAUAAAGAUCGAGUGUUACUUGUUGUUCAACUGCUGAAAAGACCACCACUGUCUUUGUUACAUGUUUGUCUACUGUUUAACAAUUAAAUAAAAAUCUAAACUUUUCCAAGAUGCAGAUUUAUUACGGACAAUGUAAAUUUCCUAACUCAUCAGAUCUUCAAGGAAUGGCCAUAUCAUGGAUGGUUCUACAGGGUUGUUGAAAGAAACGUAUCUACAGGAUGAGGACCAGC